AUGGAGACGCCUCCCAUCGAGGUUUCCUCGAUUCCUAUAGGGGGUGAACCUUCCAGUGCCCACAACACCACCACCGACGUCGACAGCGAUACCGAGGCCAUGGCUCAAUACUUUACAGAUCUCAUCGACGUAUUCACUUCCUCCUUUAGCUCACCCACCGCCAACGGCAAGGUUCUCAUGGAUCACAUAAUUCGAGCUCAUGGCUAUCGACAGCGGAGGGGCGUGACAAAGGGGGACUCGGUGCUUUAG